AUGAUCCUUCCUCAUCUUUUCGGCCUCUUGGCCGCCACUGCUGGUGUCGCUAGUGCCGUCAACAUCACUGGUUACGAAUAUGUUGUCGUGGGUUCAGGUGCCGGAGGUGGCCCUCUGGCAGCUCGUCUUGCGCUGGCUGGCCACAAGACCUUGUUGCUUGAAGCUGGUGACGAUCAGGGUGAAAACUACAACUACACAAUCCCUGCCUACUCGGCCAGAUCCUCUGAAGAUGAGAAGCUUUCAUGGAACUUCUUUGCUCGUCACUACGCAGACGAUGAACGUCAGGCUCGUGACUUCAAAACCUCAUAUGAAACCCCCAGCGGUGAAUUGUACACUGGUCUGAGCCCUCCCGAGGGCUCAAAGUUGCUGGGUACUCUGUAUCCCCGCACAGGCACUCUUGGAGGAUGCACUGCUCACAAUGCCUUGAUUGCGGUGUACCCUCACGAAUCCGACUUUGACUACAUAGCGACCUUGACCGGGGACAGCUCGUGGUCGCCGGACAACAUGCGCAACUACUUCACCAAGUUGGAGAAGAACCAUUACCUCCUCCCGGGUCAGAAGGGCCACGGUUAUGACGGCUGGUUGUCGACCGAGACUGCUCCUUUGAGCAUUGUUCUGGAGGACCCUCAGCUUCUCAGCAUGUUGACCGGUGGAGCCUUUGCCUUGGGUAACUUGACUCAAAACGUCUUCAACAUCGGCACUCUGUUGGCUGGUGAUGCCAAUGCUGAUGUUCCCCACCGCGAUCACGACCCUGGCUACUACCAGAUCCCCAUCUCUACGAAGGACGCUCACCGCAACGGUGCUCGCGAGUUCAUCAUUGCUGUGCGCGAUGCGAAGAAGGCUGAUGGCUCCAAGGCCUAUCCCCUCGACGUUCGUAUGAACACCCACGUUACCAAGGUCACCUUUGAUGAAUCCGUGACUCCUCCCCGUGCCACCGGCGUGGAGUUCCUUGAGGGGGAACACCUCUACAAGGCCAGCCCUAUGUCCAAGCGUGCUGGCAAUGGUACUCCCGGUUCCGCCUCUGCUUCCCGUGAGGUUAUCGUUGCCGGUGGAGUGUACAACUCGCCCCAGCUACUCAAGCUGAGCGGCAUCGGUCCUGCCGAUGAGCUCAAAAAGUUCGGCAUCAAGGUGAUCAGUGAUCUGCCCGGUGUUGGUACCAACCUGCAGGAUCACUACGAGAUCUCUGUUCAAGGUCGGGUCGAGAAGGACUUUUCAUGCUUGAACAAGUGCACCUUCAGCAUCCGCGACCAGGCCGACCCUUGCAUCGACCGCUGGCAGACCCCCGUUCUGGGAGAUCACGGCAUCUACUCAUCCCCCGGUCUCGCUGCCACCAUGUUCUACAAGAGCUCGGUGACUGCCGACGACAGCUUUGAUAUCUUCUGCUUCGGUGGACCCGUCAACUUCCGUGGCUACUUCCCUAACUACAGCAUCAACGCCACGGACGAGCACAACUGGUUCACUUGGGCCAUUCUCAAGGCUCACCCACGCAACACCGCCGGUACCGUCACUCUGCAAUCUGCCGACCCUCUCGAUAUGCCUGAGAUCAUCUUCAACUACUUCGACACCGGCGUUGGUGACUAUGACGCGGAUCUGACUGCUCUGUACGAGGCUAUCGAGCUCGCGCGUGAUGCCUUCAAGCGCCAGCUCGUCCCCAUUACCGAGGUCCUUCCCGGCUCGGCCGUCCAGUCCAAGGAGGACAUCGAGCAAUAUGUCAAGGACGCUGCCUGGGGCCACCACGCCUCGUGCACUUGCCCCAUUGGUGCGGACAACGACCCCAUGGCUGUCCUGGACUCCAAGUUCCGCGUCCGUGGCGUUUCCGGCCUCCGUGUUGUUGACGCCUCUGUUUAUCCCAAGAUCCCGGGUACCUUCACUGCUGUGUCGACCUAUAUGGUUGCCGAGAAGGCUGCCGAUGAGAUUCUGACGGAGCUCAAGGCUUCUGCUUGA